CGUGACGAGGGCGUCGCGGCCAUGGAAAUCAAUGGGGAAAACACGAAGGCGUAAGAGUCUAUCUACAUCGCAGCGCAGUUUUCUUCGAUUCCGUCUAGGAAAGUGGCUGCAGCAGGAUUCAAAAACAAAAUCAGCUGAUUAUACAAAACAAAACAAUUAGCGCACCUUCGAUGCACGAGAGAGUCAAAGUCGACCUCUACAGCAUAUUUUGUUUUCCUGGCCUGUCUGACUGACUGUUUCCAACUGACAAUUCAAAUUGUCCUCCCAAUGAUCAACAGCCAGCAUUGAGUGAUGGAUGGAUAUGAGUGUGCCGGGUUCCAUUUCUAUUCCAAUUUCGACUCUGCCAACCUUUGCAGGGUGGAAUAUGUUGGAACACCUGAAAAUAAAAUUAAUUCGUCAUCAUUCACUGGGAAACAAGACAUUCCGAAUGUCGAGUUCAACCUGUGGACGAAACCGGACUGCGCCGGGACCGAAUUCGAGAAUGGGAACAGGACCUGGUUUUACUUCGGUGUCAAGGGUACUGUACCCUCCGCUCUGAUAAAGUUUAACAUCGUAGAUCUGAACAAGCAGGCGAAGCUCUACAGCCAGGGCAUGGGACCUGUGUUCAGGAUUCUUCCGGGCAAAGGCCACUGGGAGCGCAUAAUUGACAAGCCGACGUUCAAUAACGAGAAGAACGUGUUCACGUUGAGCUUCAAGUGCAAGGCGCCGGAGAAUGUGAACAGCGUGCUCUAUCUUGCCUUCACAUAUCCGUACUCCUAUGCAGACUUGCAGUCGAAACUGGCCCUAAUUGACAAUAGGUUCAGCGCGGACGACGACCUCAACUCGAAGGAUGAUAUUUACUAUGUCAGGGAGAGGGUGUGCGACUCGCUGGAGGGCAGAAGGAUGGAUCUGAUCACGAUCACCUCGUUCCACGGCAUCAGCUCGGAGCGCGAGACGAGAUUGACCAAUCUCUUUCCGGAUCCGAAUACUCUCAGACCGUAUAGAUUCGUCGACAAGAAGGUAAUCUUUAUUUCGGCACGCGUGCAUCCCGGCGAAACCCCGUCCAGCUUCGUCUUCAACGGAUUCCUGAAUCUCCUGUUGACCAGAGACGAUACUGUGGCCAUAGUCCUGAGGAGGAAUUACGUGUUUAAGCUGGUGCCCUGUCUGAAUCCGGACGGUGUGGUGAACGGGCACUAUCGCACGGACACGCGGGGCGUAAAUUUGAAUCGCGUCUAUCUGAAUCCGAACGUGACGGAUCAUCCGACGAUCAGCGCGGCUCGAGCCCUGAUCCGUUACUAUCAUUACGGUUUCGAGAAGGAGGACGAUGAGAGGGAGGAAGGGCUUUCGACGGAAGUGUCUCACAUAACCAUCGAUUCGAAGAAGGAAGCCUGGUGCAGCAAGUGUAAAGCUCUGGUGGAGCUUCAGGAGAAGUCCGGAUCGUGCGGCCACUGCGGCGAAUUCCUGGAGUGCAACAACUCCUUCGGCGGAGAUACCAAGAACCCGGACGCGUCCGGUCUGUUCUUAUACGUGGACAUGCACGGUCACGCUUCGAAGAAGGGCAUCUUCAUGUACGGAAACCAUUUCGACGACGUGGAUUGCAACGUCAAGUGUAUGCUGUUGCCCAAGCUUAUGAGCAUCAACAAUCAUAAUUUUCAUUUUACCGCGUGCAAUUUCACAGAGAGGAACAUGUACUUAAAGGAUAAGCGAGAUGGAAUGAGCAAGGAGGGCUCCGGCCGUGUCGCCGUCUUCAAACUUACGGGAUUAGUGCAAAGUUAUACGUUGGAGUGCAAUUACAAUACCGGGCGUUUGGUUAACGUCCUUCCGCCUACGAUCAAGGAGACCGCCAAGGCCAUCCACAAUGUGCUCGUACCUCCAAAGUACACGCCUCAUGUGUUCGAGGAGGUUGGUCGGGCGAUUGGCAUAUCGAUAUUGGAUUUGAUCAACCAGAAUCCGUACACGAGGCUGCCUCACUCCGAGUACCAUUCGCUGAACGGACUGAGGGAAUGGCUUCGGGUGCGCUGCGCCAGCGGAUUGGGCGAUCUGAGCAAACCGAAGGUAAUCAGACACGCCGUCAGCCACCAUUCGAGCAGCAUGAACGUCGCUCAGGGCAAGGUGGGCGGAAGUCGAUCUGUGAUCGUGAAGUCGCGAUCGCUGAACAAGUUCGGCGCGAAGAAGAUGAAGCAGUUGAAGAAGGACAAGUUGGCUGUUGCGGGGAUAGUGUCGUCUACGCCGCAGCCGAGCUGCUCCGAGCUGGUGACACCGUCCACGUCCGGUCGUCCCGCGAGGACCAACAACUUGAAGACCUCGAAGUCGCUGAACAUGCGACCGCGCGUCAAGAACCAGGAGAAGCACAGACCCAACUCGAGCCAGUCGACCGUCAAUCACAUCGCGAAGAACAUCCAGAACACGAGCGCCAAAUGCAAGGUCAACAAUAGUAAGGAGAAAACGGAACCGGACGGCAGCAUCAAGCUGACCGAGAUCUGUUUCGUGAAAGACCCGGAUGGCAAGAAGAUGAUUGCCAAGUAUCAGAACGAUAAGAAGUUGGAUGACGAGAAGCUGAUCGUGGCCUGGGACGCGAGCAACUCUAACGCUCAGGUCUUCAGCCAGAAGAGUCGCGUGCCCGGUGGUUUUCUGGCCUCGACGAGCAGUCAGAAGCGUACCUUCCGCGUGCACAACUUCCAGAAGGCGGCGCCCGCGAAUCCCUCGUACAAGGUGAAGCGUAACAUCUACAAGAAGAUCAACGCCGGCGACGGCAAGAUCAAGAAAACGAAAAUACUCAAGAAGAAGCAGAAGGAGAGGAAUAAGAAGGACCACACUUAACGGUCGUCGAGAACAUUGACGAUCGAAGCAACAACCGUAUGUCUAAUAUCCAUGUACAAUAUCACAUCCACACUUCCUCUCCGUCUGCGUCUUUACUUUGUCUUAUUUAUUUUAAUUUUAUUAUUUUUUUGUUUAUACCCUUCUAAAUUACGAUUCGUGAUAUUUUUAUGUGAUUUCUGUGUACAAAAAGUAUAUAAUAUAUUUAUACAUAUGUAAAAAAAAAACAAAAACAAAUUGAUAAACAAAAGAAGAAACAUAUGCAAAUUGCUGUACAGUAUAUCUGGGGAGAAUUUUGUAUUAAUUUAUACAUAUAUACAUACAAAUAUUAUAUUAUUGGAAAUAAUUACACAUGUGGUUAAGAAGAUGUAUUUGUAAUUGAUAAGUGGUUGUUAAUAAACUAGUGGUAUAAAGAUGAA